ACGCGUAGUUUGUUAAUAUAAUAGUACCGUGGCCAUUACAUCUUUGGCAAUCGAAACUCUUAAAAAUGUGGUUAUUUCGAUCAAGCCGCUUUCAUUUCAUGUAGGAGCCGUGAAGUGCGAACAUGUCAAUCGGUUCGUGCAAUAAGUUCGUUAGCUUCUCUCUUGCGCUUUCUCUUCCGACUUUCGUCAAACAGUUAGCGACAUCAAAGAUAACAUUCUGUUAUUCCUACAAUAUUAACCGAAAGUACCUAACCACUACCAGAUGUUUCAACUAUCCGCACCUUGAAACCCUAAAUUCCCGCCAAAAGGAACAAAUCUGCAUUUACGUUGAUGCGCUCCUACAAUGGAACCAGCGAAUGAACCUCACUGCCGUUAAGGAGACGAGCGAGGUCAUGGAAAGACACGUUGAAGACUCGCUUGCAAUCAUCCCUCCUAUACAGAAUUAUUAUCUCUCUAAUUGUAGCUCUUCAUGUGACAACAUUAGCCUUGUUGAUGUUGGCAGCGGCCCUGGCCUUCCUGGAUUAAUUAUUGCAAUUGCCUGUCCAGGGUGGAAGGUUACUCUUUUAGAGUCGAUGAAUAAACGUUGCCUUUUCUUGGAGCACGCUGUUGGUCUUACCGGCUUGUCAAAUGUGCAAAUUCUGCGAGCAAGAGCGGAGAGUGUGGGCCAAAAUCUUGACUUCAGGGAAAUGUAUGAUGUUGCAGUAGCAAGAGCUGUAGCAGAAAUGAGAAUUUUAGCUGAGUACUGUCUUCCAUUGGUCCGUGUCGGUGGCUUGUUUGUAGCUGCAAAAGGUCAUGAGCCUCAGGAUGAAAUUAGAAAGGCAGAAAAAGCAAUACACUUGAUGGGAGCUUCAAUAUUACAACUUUUCUCAGUGGAAUCACAUAGCCCACAUGGACAGCGAACUGCUAUUGUUUGUUUAAAAGAUCGCCCCACUCCAAGGAAGUAUCCUCGUGAUCCUGGUACACCAACGAAGUUGCCAUUGUAGAUAAUUUAUGGUUGCCGGGCUUGCUUAUUUGUUUCAAGAUUCAUCCGCUAAUGGCAUGUUUACUUGGAACCUUGGGAUUGGCAAGAAGAAGAAACUUUGUGCUGCUCAUGGGUAACAAAUCUCUUUGGUCAAAUUCUUAUUUAAAUGUACUUCCUCCUGUCUAAUCGUGAAGGCAUCAAGUGUUUACAGGUUGUGGUGCUUCUUGUUGCUUCUUAUGAGUUCCAAAUGAAGUUUAUUGUGUCAUGAGGAUGCUUUUUUGUUGAUUUUCCAAGGACACCAAUCUUAAGGGAUAAUAUCUACUAGGUCCUGUUGCAUUAUAUCUA